GAUUUGUUCCCUUCCCCAAGAGGUGAGUGAGAGCCUCGUUCAUGUUUUUCUGAUUCAAUAUUUGGAUAGCAGUUAAACGGCACGACGUUCCGUUCUCUCUCUCAGUACAGAAGAACCCUGAGAUCCGAUCCCAAUCAUUCAUUUCGUUCACAACACGAAGACAAACAAUGGCUUCAACGACGAUGGCGCAUUCAAGUUCUUGGGGUAGGGCACUCGUCGCGAUCUCUCCUUACACCUUCUCCGCCAUCGGAAUCGCCAUCUCAAUCGGCGUCUCCGUACUCGGCGCUGCCUGGGGAAUUUACAUCACCGGUAGUAGCUUGAUCGGUGCUGCAAUCAAGGCACCUCGAAUCACUUCUAAAAAUCUUAUUAGUGUAAUCUUCUGUGAGGCUGUUGCUAUAUAUGGUGUUAUUGUGGCAAUUAUUCUACAAACAAAAUUAGAAAGUGUUCCAUCCUCAAGUAUCUAUGAACCUGAAUCUCUUAGAGCUGGAUAUGCAAUCUUUGCUUCUGGAAUUAUCGUGGGCUUUGCAAAUCUUGUUUGUGGGUGUGUAUUCUUUUUUACCUACAUCUCAUACGUUUAUUUUUCCUUUGAUAGGUUGUGUGUAGGAAUAAUUGGAAGCAGUUGUGCGUUGUCUGAUGCUCAGAAUUCUUCUCUCUUCGUGAAAAUUCUUGUGAUUGAGAUCUUUGGAAGCGCGCUUGGGCUAUUUGGAGUUAUUGUUGGAAUCAUCAUGUCUGCUCAAGCAACGUGGCCAUCAAAAGUUUAGUUUCCCUUCUACCAGGAUGCUGUGUGGGAAUGAAGUUAUGGUAGCACGCAAUAUAUUUUCUGUACUGCCAGAGAUUGAAGUCUUCUCUGUUUUCGGUUGGUAAAAAUGUAAAAUCCAGCGUAAUAGCUUGCCUCCAUUACAACUUUAGGCUGUAUUAUUUAUCAAUGAGUCGUUAGAAGGUCUUGUGUAUCAUUAGAUAUAUCCGUCUAUCGGUUGAAUUUCAAUAUUUUUGGAGGACUAAAACUUUCAUUAAUCAAUAAGAAAAUUGAAUUUAUU